AGUUGCUGCUUCUUGUCACACAUGCGGACCAACAGGGUGGAUGGCACAGAGGCACAGAAGUGACACCGACGCGAGCAGAGUGAAGAGGAGACAACCGGAGUUGAUCCACGGCGGAUGGGAGAAGUCCACGCAGGAGGAGAAAAAGGAGGAGAAGCGCGCGUGGAAAAGAUGAAGAUGAAAACCACGGGAGGCAAAAGUCUCCCACCACCGGCAUCUCCGAUACCCAAUCUUUAGGACGCACGGAGAGUUGAAUUUGGACCGGUUGAGAAAGUUUUGCCACGGUGUACAAUGUUUAUGAAUGAGACUCAACUGAACAGCUCCUCGCGAGACCCCACUGACACCGUCCUGAACCGGCCGCCGUGGGUUACAACUACUUUGGGGUGCUUUCUCAUCUUCACCAUCGUCGUUGACAUCCUGGGCAACCUCUUGGUCAUCUUCUCCGUGUAUCGCAACAAGAAGCUAAGGAAUGCAGGGAACAUCUUUGUGGUGAGCUUGGCAGUGGCAGACCUUGUGGUGGCCAUCUACCCGUACCCUCUGGUCCUCACCUCCAUCUUCAACAAUGGCUGGAACCUUGGUUACGUUCACUGCCAGAUCAGCGGCUUCCUCAUGGGCAUCAGUGUCAUCGGCUCAAUCUUCAACAUCACCGGCAUUGCCAUCAAUCGCUACUGCUAUAUCUGCCACAGCCUCAAGUACGAUAAACUGUACAGUGACAAAAACUCUGUCUGUUAUGUAAUGAUAAUCUGGGCACUGACUGUGGUGGCCAUCGUGCCGAACCUGUUUGUGGGUUCACUUCAGUACGACCCACGGGUUUAUUCCUGCACAUUUGAGCAGUCGGCUAGCUCAGCGUACACUAUCGCAGUGGUAUUCUUUCACUUCAUUUUACCCAUCAUGAUUGUCACAUACUGCUACCUACGCAUUUGGAUACUUGUCAUACAGGUUAGGAGACGGGUGAAGCCGGACAAUCGUCCCAAGCUAACGCCACACGACGUUAGAAACUUUGUCACAAUGUUUGUCGUGUUUGUGCUUUUUGCUGUUUGCUGGGCCCCGCUCAACUUCAUCGGUCUGGCCGUAGCGAUCAAACCAGAGGUGGUAGUUCCCCUCAUCCCGGAGUGGCUAUUUGUGGCCAGCUACUUCAUGGCCUACUUCAACAGCUGCCUUAAUGCUAUUGUGUAUGGCGUGCUGAACCAGAACUUCCGGCGUGAGUACAAGCGCAUUGUUGUGUCAGUGUGCACGGCACGGAUCUUCUUCCAGGACAGCUCCAAUGAGGCAGUGGAGAGGUUCAAGAGUAAACCAUCACCACUCAUGACCAACAAUAACCAAGUCAAGGUGGACUCGGUCUGAUCUAGCAGAUGAAAACUGAGUGGACACAAAAAGAUAUUCUGUGACUGAGAGUAAAAAAGUAAGGAGAAAAAAAGGCAGCGAGAGAAACAUACCAAAUAUAAAUAUAGAACAGCUUGUAUGUAUGGUGCUAUUGGACCUCUGAACAAUCACAGUAAAUACGGGGGUGUUUAUCUUUGUCUUCUACACUUAUGGUUGACUCUGCAGUACGUGUAGUACAGUAAAUAUAUGAUGUACGUUUUGUUUUUCAUGUUUACAGUGAUGAUAUAAACGUAUCAUGCAUCACAAGUAUUUAUUUUGUAUGAAAUGUCGUCUAGAUAUAUAUUGUCAGACAUAUCUGGUUACAAUACAUACAAAGCUGUUUUUUUUUCAGGCAAAUAAAGACAUUGUACGAAACUUGAAAAUAUAACCAGAAGUUUAUAAAUAAAGUUAACAAAUUUUAAUAACCUCAUUUUUGACAACGUAACACUAAUUGAGUGCAAGCGAUUUGGGUUGCUGCUGUCUUAUUAUACCCUGCAAUACAUUAAAUGGAACAUAUAUUUUGGUCUCUCUUUCUCUUUCUCCCUCUAUCUCUCUCUCUGCAACCCUGUGAGGUCAUUAUACUGUAUGCAUGGAUAUGCAGGAAUUAAUAAAAUGCUAAAUAAAAUCUGAUAU